AUGGAGGUGCUUAUUGUAGCAGGAACUAGUACCACAUCAAGGGCGUUGAGCUGGGUUAUCUCCCUGCUACUGAACCAUAGGCACGUUUUGCAAAAAGCCCAGGAAGAGAUUGACUCUUUUGUUGGUAAAGAGAGAUGGGUAGAAGAAUCUGAUAUCAAGAAUUUAGUCUACCUACGGGCCAUUGUCAAAGAGACAAUGCGACUACAUCCACCAGCACCUGUACCUAUGCCACGCCAAGCCGACGAAGACUGUAACGUAGCCUUGUCUUGGCGCCCAGCUCUCAGUGAGCUCGCAUUCCGCGAAUGCGAAGAUCCCCAUUUGUAG